UUCUUCUCUCUCUCUCUCUCUCUCUCUCUCCCCUCUUCUCUCUUUCCCUCUUCAACUGUUCUCUCUCUCCUAGGGUUUCAGUGCGCCGUUUCCCUCUUCGCGACUCAGUGACCAGACUGUCUGCGUCAAUUUCGUGAUAUUCCAGAUAUUAUGGCGAUGGAAGUUACCCAGGUGCUCUUGAAUGCGCAGUCAAUAGAUGGAACUGUGCGCAAACAUGCCGAAGAAAGUUUAAAACAGUUUCAGGAGCAAAACCUUCCCAGCUUCUUAUUAUCACUCUCUGGGGAGCUUUCAAAUGAUGAAAAGCCUGUUGAUAGCCGUAAAUUGGCAGGUUUGAUACUUAAAAAUGCCUUGGAUGCUAAAGAACAGCAUAGAAAAUUUGAGCUUGUUCAAAGAUGGUUGUCACUGGAAAGCAGUGUGAAGACCCAGAUUAAGCAAUGCUUGUUAAAGACCCUAUCUUCUCCUGUACCUGAUGCUCGAUCAACAGCAUCUCAAGUCAUAGCCAAGGUUGCUGGCAUUGAGUUACCUCAAAAGCAGUGGCCUGAGCUGAUAGGAUCGCUCUUAUCAAAUAUUCACCAAUUACCGGCUAAUGUCAAGCAAGCCACUUUAGAGACUCUAGGAUAUUUGUGUGAGGAAGUCUCUCCUGAUGUUGUAGACCAAGACCAAGUAAAUAAGAUACUCACAGCUGUAGUGCAGGGGAUGAAUGCUGCUGAAGGGAAUAAUGACGUUAGACUUGCUGCCACCAGGGCUUUGUAUAAUGCUUUGGGCUUUGCUCAAGCAAAUUUCAGCAAUGAUAUGGAGCGUGACUAUAUCAUGAGAGUUGUCUGUGAAGCAACUCUAUCCCCUGAGGUGAAGAUAAGACAGGCGGCAUUUGAAUGUUUGGUCUCUAUUUCAUCAACAUACUAUGAAAAAUUGGCUCAUUAUAUCCAGGACAUUUUCAACAUUACAGCAAAGGCUGUGAGGGAGGAUGAAGAACCUGUUGCCCUUCAAGCCAUUGAGUUCUGGAGUUCAAUCUGCGAUGAAGAGAUUGAUAUCUUGGAAGAAUAUGGAGGUGAUUUUACAGCAGAUUCUGAUAUUCCUUGCUUCUAUUUUAUCAAGCAGGCUCUCCCUGCACUUGUUCCUAUGUUGUUGGAGACACUUCUUAAACAAGAGGAGGAUCAGGAUCAGGAUGAAGGAGCAUGGAAUAUUGCAAUGGCUGGGGGAACUUGCUUAGGUUUGGUUGCUAGAACAGUUGGAGAUGAUAUUGUACCGCUUGUUAUGCCAUUCAUUGAAGAGAAUAUUACAAAGCCAGACUGGAGACAAAGGGAAGCAGCAACUUAUGCUUUUGGUUCAAUUUUGGAGGGGCCUUCACCAGAUAAGUUAAUAUCAAUUGUUAAUGUUGCUUUAAGCUUCAUGCUCACUGCUUUAACCAAGGACCCAAGUAAUCAUGUGAAAGACACCACUGCAUGGACCCUUGGCCGGAUAUUCGAAUUUCUUCACGGUUCUACUACAGACACACCUGUUAUUACUCAGGCAAAUUGCCAACAGAUCAUUACAGUUCUACUUCAGAGCAUGAAGGAUGCUCCAAAUGUUGCUGAGAAGGCCUGUGGAGCUCUCUAUUUUCUUGCACAAGGCUAUGAGGAUGUAGGCCCUUCAUCUCUCUUGACUCCCUUCUUCCAGGAAAUCGUUCAAUCACUUCUCACUGUUACGCACAGAGAAGAUGCGGGGGAGUCAAGGUUAAGGACUGCUGCAUAUGAGGCAUUAAAUGAAGUGGUGAGGUGUUCAACUGAUGAAACUGCCCCCAUGGUGCUACAACUGGUGCCAGUCAUCAUGAUGGAGCUUCACAAAACUCUGGAGGGACAGAAGCUUUCAUCAGAUGAGAGAGAGAAGCAGAGUGAAUUACAGGGCCUUCUGUGCGGUUGUUUGCAGGUCAUUAUUCAGAAGUUGGGGUCGUCAGAGCCAACUAAGUACGUCUUCAUGCAAUAUGCAGAUCAGAUAAUGGGUCUCUUCCUCAGGGUUUUUGCAUGCAGAAGUGCUACCGUGCAUGAAGAGGCAAUGCUUGCCAUUGGAGCACUUGCCUAUGCAACAGGGCCUGAUUUUGCAAAAUAUAUGCCGGAGUUCUACAAGUACUUGGAAAUGGGUCUUCAGAAUUUUGAGGAGUACCAGGUCUGUGCUGUCACAGUUGGCGUAGUGGGAGAUAUUUGUAGAGCUCUGGAGGAUAAGAUUUUGCCAUAUUGUGAUGGAAUUAUGACACAACUUCUUAAGGACUUGUCAAGCAAUCAGUUACACCGGUCAGUGAAGCCUCCAAUUUUCUCCUGCUUCGGUGACAUAGCACUGGCAAUAGGGGAGAACUUUGAGAAAUACUUGAUGUAUGCCAUGCCCAUGCUCCAGAGUGCAGCUGAGUUGUCUGCUCACACAUCAGGUGCUGAUGAUGAAAUGACAGAGUAUACCAAUUCUCUCAGGAAUGGAAUUCUCGAGGCAUAUUCUGGUAUUUUCCAGGGUUUCAAGAACUCUCCGAAAACUCAGCUGCUGAUUCCAUAUGCUCCCCACAUUCUCCAGUUCUUGGAUAGCAUAUACAUGGAGAAAGACAUGUGA